AAGCAACACGGCGUCGUUGCCGGGCACCACAAUGUCGUAAAGAGUCGAAAAAAUCUCUGUAAAUUAUCAGCUUCAGCUCCCCGCUCACCUUCAUCAACAGAAUAAACCAGAAAACUGGGAGAGAGACGGAGAGAGAACUCAUUCUCAUAUUCAUAUACACUCAUAUACGUACGGAAAUAGAAGAAAGUGCGUUCCAUGGCGAUUCUUGCAACAUUACCAGGUCCAAACCUCUUCUCUACAUUUCCCAAUACACCGCCUCCCUCCAACAAUCCCACUCCCUCUCCUCCUCCUAAACCCCCCAUCCCCAUCCCCAAAUACCCACCUCCUUUCAAAUCCCGAAGACACCCUAAACCACCGCCCUCCAAUUCACCAAGCAGCCCCGCCUUCAAAACCCACCACCGCAACUCAAAAUACUACAAGCCCAUCAAACCCGGGCAGAAAAUUCCCGUCCCCGACGGCGAAAACCGGGCUGUCGUUGUUGGAGAUUCUGGUAUUUCCUAUCUUUUACCGGGGGCUCCAUUUGAAUUUAUGUACAGUUAUUCAGAAACACCUAAGGCUCAGCCUUUAGCCAUGCGAGAGCCCGCUUUCCUGCCCUUUGCACCGCCUACUAUGCCACGGCCAUGGACAGGGAAAGCCCCUAUGAAAAAGAGUAAAAGAAAGAUUAAGCUUUUUGAGCCUCUGGGUAGUGAUGGAAUCGAUGAAGAUGAAAAUGUGGGCCAAAAAAGGUACGAAAUGUUGAGGGAUUAUGAGUUGGGAAAGGUUAGUGUGAGGCCGCGGGAGGAGGUGUUAGGGGAGCCCCUAACGAGAUGGGAGAUUAAGGAGAUGCUAAAACCGUAUUUGUCUAGUAAUAGACAGGUGAAUUUAGGUAGAGAUGGACUAACACAUAACAUGUUGGAGUUGAUACAUACACAUUGGAGGAGACAACCAGUUUGUAAAGUUCGGUGUUUGGGUGUUCCAACCGUUGAUAUGGACAAUCUAUGCCGGUGCCUUGAGGAAAAAUCUGGUGGAAAGAUUAUCCAUAGGGUAGGUGGAGUGGUCUAUAUAUUCCGUGGUAGAAACUAUGAUCACCGUAGGCGUCCUCAGUUGCCCAUAAUGCUUUGGAAACCAGCUGCACCAGUUUAUCCCAAGCUUAUACAAGAUGCUCCAGAGGGGUUGACAAAAGAAGAAGCAGAUGAAUUGCGAAUUAAAGGGAAGAACCUGUUGCCAAUAUGUAAAUUAGCAAAAAAUGGAGUUUAUAUUUCCCUGGUGAGGGACGUGAGGACUGCUUUUGAAGGAUCUAAGCUGGUGAAGAUAGAUUGCAGAGGAAUGCAUGCUAGUGAUUACAAGAAGUUAGGAGCUAAGCUGAAGGAAUUGGUACCAUGUGUUUUGUUAUCUUUCGAUGAUGAACAAAUAUUAAUGUGGAGGGGAAAAGACUGGAAAUCUAUGUACGACGAUGAGAUGCCUAAGAUAAACCUUUCUUCUGGUGAUGGCUCCAGGGUUACCAAUAUUUCAGAUACUAAAUCAGUGUGUUCAAGCCCUAAAAUGAUGUCCCUAUGGCAGCGAGCAAUUGAAUCAGGAAAGGCAUCAGUUCUGGAUGAGAUUGAUCUUAGUCCUGAUGAACUUUUGUCAAAGAUAGAAGAAUUUGAAAGCACUUCUCAGGCAAUGGAACACUCUUAUCCCGCCAUAAUCUACUCAAACAGAGAGGGUCCUGUGACCUUAAAUGCAAAACAUAAGAACAGUUUGGAGGCCAAUGGUUACAGUGAAGAUGAUUCCGAUGAUGUUGACUACAAUGAUACACUCAACAAUGACUCCUUUGAAGUGGUAGAAUCUUUAGUCCCCCUAGGAUCCCUGCCCGUUGAUCUGAUAGCUAAAGAGCUCAGCAACACUGAGCAAUGAGCAUGAAGUUUAGAAAAAAUAAUGUUGUACUUCUUACUAUUGAGCUGCAAAUGAAAAAAUGUGCUUAUUCAUGGCCUGUUAAAGCAGCUCUUGUUGUAAAGAAAGCAUUACAAAAUGGAGAAGUGAAGAAUUACUCAAGAGGAAUGGUGUAUUUUGUUGGUC